AUGGCUGCUCCCAGCCUCAGUGAGAGGUUUCAGGAGGAAGCGACUUGCUCCAUUUGCCUGGACUUCUUCACAGACCCAGUAAUACUUGACUGUGGGCACAAUUUCUGCCGAGGCUGCAUUUCCGAGUACUGGGAAGAGUCACCCACAGUCACCACCUGUCCUCAGUGCCGAGAGAGAGUUCAGCCAUCGACCCUGAAGGCAAACAGGCAGCUGGCCAAUUUUGUUGAGAUAACCAAAGAGCUGAGUAAUCGGGCGAAACACGAAGUAGGAUGUGAGAGAGUCUGCGAGAGAGACCAGGAGCCCCUGAAGCUCUUCUGCAAAAACGAUGAAGCCCCCAUCUGUGUGGUGUGUGACCGAUCCAAGGAGCACCGAGCUCACAAUGUAGUUCCUGUGCAGGAGGCUGCCCAGGAGUACAAGGAUCAGAUUUGUACCUUUCUGGAAAGGUUGAGGAAGGAGAGAGAAGACAUUCUCACCUAUAAAGCAGACACAGAGAAGGACAGCCAAGGCCUCCUUAAGCAAAUAGGAGCUGAGAAGCAGAAGAUGGUGGCUGAAUUCAGACAGUUACACCAGCUUCUGGAAGAACAUGAAAACCAUCUGCUGGCUAAGAUAGAAGAGGUGGAGGAAGGGAUUGCAAGAAAAAUGGAUGAGAAAAUGGCUAAACUGUUGAAGGAGCUCUCCUCUCUUGAAAAUGUUAUCCAGGAGAUGGAGAAAAAAUGUCAGCAGUCAACAAGUGAACUUCUGCAGGAUGUUAGAAGCACCUUGGAGAGGUGUGAGAAGAAAAAGGUGUUUGAAAAUCCUGUGACUUUCCCUCCUGCUCUGAAGCAGAGAAUCUGGGAUGUAUAUGAUAAAAAUCUCUUCCUGAAUGGUGUCAUGAGGCAAUUCAGAGACACGCUGCUAUCUGGAUCUCAGCCAAAUAAAGCCAAAGUCACUCUGGAUCCAUUGACAGCUCAUCCCCGACUCAUCCUGGCUGAAGAUCGUAAAAGUGUGAGAUGGGGAGAGAAACAGCAACAUCUGCCCUACAAUUCUGAGAGAUUCAGGAAUGAUUAUAUUGUGCUGGGAUGUGAGGGAUUCACAAUAGGGAGACAUUGCUGGGAAGUCAGUGUGGGAAGUGAGGGAAACUGGGCAGUGGACGUUUCCAGAAAGUCUGUGAAGGGUAAGAACACAUCAUGUUGGGGUCCCAAGGAAGGGAUCUGGGCUGUGAUGAAGUUGUAUGAGGCAUACUUGGCACUCACUUCCCCUGCUCACAUUCUUCUGCAGCUGAGUAGGGAGCCUAAGAGGAUCCAAGUGACUCUAAACUGUUCUGGGGGGCAGGUGGCCUUUUUGGAUGCUGACUCAGCAGCCCCCAUCUACACCUUCUCGGAAGCCUCCUUCUCAGGAGAGACCCUUCUCCCUCUCUUUUAUGUGUAUGGAAAAGGCUCCCUGAUGCUCUCCCCCUGAGGCAGCCGAAGAGUGGGGACAGAUAUAUAUUGCGCUAUAAUUUGCAACACUCCUACAGCUUUUGCCAAAGAUAUGAGGUGGGGCAACCUUUUUUAUCCCAUUUGAGGAGAAGCUGGCUUUCGACAGCUUUGAUUUAUUCAUCCCUGCAUCAGUCAGGAAACCAUUUUAUUCUGCAUUCCACCCCAUCAGAGCUCUUUUCAAAGUGAAGGCUGGGUAAGAAUAAAGCUCUGAGCAUCCUUUUUAUUAGGUAACCGUUCCAGCUGCUUGGAGGUGGGAGAAGCAGAUAAUCUGCCACCCCUCCCCCUCCAUGUUUUAUUCAGCUUUCACUGCAGAGCCAGCAGCAGCUAUAGAGGUAGAGCUGAAGGGAACAGAGAUUGCCCUGCAGGGAAAUCCUCCACACCAGCUCCUUUUUCUUUGUAUAUCUGUUUCCAGUCUUGCCUAAGGCAGCCAGACCCUACAGGUCCUACUGGGGUUACUCUCCAGACCAGGUUGAAUAACGAAAAACACACACCAAAUAGUUGUUUGUCACAUAGCUAUUUGUCAAGAACUCCUUUUUCAUCUCUGCAGUGACCUCCAUACAGACUUCCCAUCACAGUCACCAAAAUUAACUCAGAGUCUGACUUUUACCUUCCUUUCUCAGAGUACUGUCCUAUCUCUUAAAGAGGCAGUAUCACAAUUACGGUCAUAAAUACCAUCAUAUCUAUUCUUAAAUAGCUGUCCUGCUGGCCAACAGGAGCCCAGCCUUGAAGUUUCCCUUUUAUCUCCUACCCCCAAGACCUCCACCAGCUGUGGAGAUGGAGACAUUAAAAUUCAUUCUUGCUACUCUGGGAAGCUGGUAUGACAUUUUAGGCACAAUCUCUCUGUUCAUAAAAGCCAACUUGCUUAUUUUUAGAAAAGCCCAUCAGCGGUUUAGGUGCCACACAGAAGCACAGUUUACCUGGUUCUGCACAACUUGCUUGAGCCUCAGGAGUGUGUGAGACUCCCCAGAAUUCUAGCAUCCUAAAAUUUUAGAGUUCAAAGGAACCUUGAUGAGCUUCUAGUCCAGACAGGGCAGGAAACUCUUACUGUAUACCUGUAAGAUGCCUGCCCAACCUCUUGUUUGAAAACCUCCAGCAAACUAGAGCCCAACCACUACACAAUCAGUAAUGGGCUGGAUGAGGGAUAACAAACUGAGACUGAAUCCAAAUAAGAUGGAGGUACUCAUUGUGCGGGGUCAAAACUCGGGAGAAGAUUUUGAUCCGACUGUUCUGGAUGGGGUCACACUUCCCCAGAAGGUACGCAGUCUGGGGGUGUUUUUGGAUCCAAGUCUCUCCCUGGUGUCCCAGGUUGAGGCGGUGGCCAGAGGUGCCUUCUAUCAGCUUCGGCUGAUACGCCAGCUGCGUACGCCAGCUGCGUCCAUUUCUUGAGAUAGGUGACCUCAAAACAGUGGUACAUUUGCUGGUAACCUCCAGACUGUAUUACUGUAAUGCACUCUAUGUGGGGCUGCCCUUGUAUGUACUCCGGAAACUACAGUUGGUUCAGAAUGCGGCAGCCAGGCUGGUCUCUGGGUCAUCUCGGAGAGACCAUAUUACUCCUGUAUUGAAGGAGCUACACUGGUUGCUGAUAUGUUUCCAAGCAAAAUACAAGGUGUUAGUUAUAACUAUACAGCCCUAAACAGCUUAAGCCCUGGGUAUUUAAGAGAACGUCUUCUUCGUUAUGAACCCCAGUGCUCAUUGAGAUCAUUGGGAGAGGUCUGUCUGCCACCAGUUCGUCUGGUGGCUACUUAGGGACGGGCCUUCUCCGUUGCUGCCCCGAGGCUUUGGAAUGCACUCCCUGGUGAAACAAGAGCCUCCCCAUCUCUGACAAUUUUUAAAAAGUCUUUAAAGACGCAUCUGUUCACCCAGGCUUUUAACUGAUACGGUUUUAUUGUUUUUAAUGUUGUUUUAGAAUAUUGUUUUAAAAUUUUUGUGUUUUAAAUUUCUUGUUUUUGUUUUUAACUAAUGUUUUAAUGUUGUUUUUAUCUUGUUGUAAACCGCCCAGAGAUGUAAGUUUUGGGCAGUAUAAAAAUAUGUAAA